AAGAGGUGGUGCGGUCAAGACUCUACAGGAGGAUGCAGCCGUGGACCGCACACAAGAGCAGGACCCCGCCCGUGGCCUCUUCCGCAGAACAGUGGAGGUGCCCGCCAUGGUGAGGUACAUCCACCAGUGGCUCAUGGACAAUCAGUUUGCUGAGCAGAGACUGAACAGGGCCCUGCUGGAUCUCACCGAAGAACAGCCUGCUGAUGUAGUAAUGACACUCCUGUGUGUGGCCCCAUCCUGUGACAGAGCUGCUUUCACCAUGUGGAAGAGCAUCAUGUGCUCGCCCAGGACUGCCGAGCCAGUGCAGCUGAUGCUCCUCGAUGUGCUGGGGAGUUGGCCAGAGCACAGCACGUUCACCUCUGAUGGGGACAAAACGGGUGUCUUUGUCCUGGCUGCAACUGUGGUGAUGUGGAAGAUCCUCCAGGUGCCCUGUGUCCCACAGAUGGUGACGGUGUAUUUCCCCCACCUACUUGUGCAUCUGCUCUUCCAAGUGUUCUUCAGCACUCUGGAUAUGCCAGAGGAGGUCGAUACCUUCUGGAAGGGAUGCCAGCAGCAAUACGGCCUUGCCACCAGCCCCAACAGGUUUGCAGUGCGGACCCUGAAGUCCCUGCUCUGCCAAAUGGAGCACGAGGAUGUGGUGCUGGCAAUGGAACGCAAGCGUGGCUGGGACACGCUGCUGUGUGCUGACACCCACCACUAUGCCGUGGGUCUGCUGGCCAGGGAGAUAUCCCGUGUCUCCAUCCCCUUGUGCUCCCGGAUCGCUCGCUACCUGCUCCAGCUGCUCAGCACACUGGAGCCACGCUGGGAGCUGCCCGCCCUGGCCUUCCUUGUGGAGGUCCUCGAGUGCCUGAACUUGAGUGGAGGCAGUGCUAACAGAGUCCUGCAAAUCUUGUCAAGGCACCUGCACAGCAAGUGCAGGGACAGGCGUCGCCUGGCGCUCAGGGCCCUUCUCAAGCUCAUUGACAAUCCCUCGAUGGUGAGAAGGGGGCAGCGGCUGAGGCUGCGCUCGGGAAUGCAGUCGCUUGGGCUUUGCUGGGCUUUAGGCACUGGGGCAGCUGCUCCCAGCUCUCCUGCCUCCUGCUUCAGCUGCCCAAGUGCUCCGCAACAGCCCUUUGGCCUCUAGGCCCUGCGGCAGCAGGAUGGCGUUUCACAAACUUGUGUUCC